AUGGCCGAUUCAGCAAGAGUCCAGCGUCAAAAGGCAUUGGCCGACAAGAAGAAACGUCUGGAAGAGCUAAAAGCCAGACGGUUGCAAAGGGGAACGCAAACUACACGUAGAGAGGCCGCAAAGGAGCAAGUUGAAACUGUGAAAAACUUGGAUGCUUACAUUGACGGAUUGUUGCAGGUUCCAGCAGCCGGAGGGGCACCAACGGCUCCACCACCAGCACCACCCGUACCAGAGACUCCUUCUGGCAAUGACGAGACGAAUGGAGAGGUAAAGCAAACACCAGCUCAAGAUGAAGCCGAGGCUGCUCCAGCUCCUGUUGCCCCCGUCAUUAAAAUGGAAACAUUUGAAAUGGGGACACAAACACUGGAGGAUGACUUUCCGCCAUCAUCAGAUGUGGAUGAAUCGGAAGAAGUACAAGACGAGGAGGAAGAGCCAGGGCAUGAUUCAAUUCCAGAAUUGCAACCGAUGGCGGAAGAAGAUGCAGAAGUUAUAGCCAAGGUGCUGACCGCUGAAGAAGUGGAGCAAGAAUUGAAAACGGAAACAUUCUCGUCAUUUUUGAAUAUUGCCUCGAAAAAAGUGGAAAGAGUACUCAAUAGCACCUUCCUGGCUGAUUUACUGGUAGACUAUGACGGUGAAUCAAAUGGGAAGAAGCGUAUCCGGGCGUCAGAUGGAAGCGCAUUCUUGACUUCCAGACAAGUAUAUGAAUGUUCACCAUGGACGCAAAAUAGAGACGUUACAGAUAUGGAUUGGUCUCCACUGCACACAGAGUUGAUGCUGUGUAGUUACCAUAUGUCUACUACUUCGCAGUCGCUGGGUCAACAGAAAGGAUCAACCGCCGUGAAGAACGUAUCACCAGACGAUUCACCUUCUGAUUCCUUGGCACCCCGAGCGGGUGAACUGAUGUCGGAUGGUCUAGCAUUGGUGUGGAAUCUUGCCAUGCCAAGUCGCCCAGAACAUAUUUUUACCUGUGGGAGUCCAGUGACUACAACUCGGUUUCAUCCCACAGAAUCUCCGUUGAUCAUUGGUGGGUGUCAGAGUGGACAAGUGGUUGUUUGGGAUGUCAGGGCAGGGAGGAUGCCUGUGCAAAAGUCUAGUUUGGUCACAACGGCUAGUGGCAGCAGCAAGGGUCACACUCAUCCGAUCUGUUCCAUGGAAAUCGUGGAAGGAAAUACUGGUUUAGUAACAGCCGCUGCAGACGGAAGAGUCAACUUCUGGUCAUUGGCGAAUCUUCGUGAUCCCCUUGAAUCGUUGCAAGUUGGAGAUAGUGUAUCCUCUCUUGCUGUUUCGCCAGAGACUGACACCCUUGUAUGCGGAGAUGAAAUGGGAAAUCUAUAUUCAAUUAGCUCUUCACAAUCUGCAAUUGGUGGAGGAAAUAGCCAAAGGUCGAGAAGGCAAAUGAGAAAGAUUGAACCCGGAAAAUCGGACAGUCACUUUGGUUUGAUUACAUCGGUAUCCACCAAAAAGCUGAAAGCUCCAGCUCGAGCCGGUAUUCAGAAGGGAUUUCUUCGCGGCUCUGGGGGACUAUUUCUUACAGCAGGGGUUGAUUGGACGGUCAAAAUGUGGUCCCCGGCAUAUACAGACAAGCCAUUGUUGAGUCUAGUGAGCCACUCGUAUGAUUACAUGAGCGAUGUCCAGUGGAGUCCUACGCACCCAGGCUUGAUGGCAACUGCAUCAAGUAACGGAACGAUUGGUCUAUGGAACUUUGCGCUGUCAUUGGAAGAACCAAUCAGUGGGUCAGAUGGAAUCGUUGUCGAGCCAGAUGGUGGCUCCGGCAGAGGUUUGAACAGAUUGAAGUGGUCAUCCGAUGGACGAAGAAUGCUAGUGGCAUCGGCAGAUCGUGUGCAUGCCUUGGUACUAGCAGAAGAUGUCGUAAGACAAAAGGGAGACGAAGACUCAAGAAUGAUGAACCACCUGUUAUCACGGGGGCUUUUGGAUAGAACCUACAACCCAGAGCCAACGUUGGUGUAG